AUGGCCACGCAGUCCAAGUUUGCCCUCCCGGGCGGCGCCCACAUCAACGUCCGCGGGCUCGUCACGCAGCUCGUCCAGCUGUACGUGGCCAACCGGUCGCGCAUCUCGCGCGCCGUCUGGAUCACGCUCUUCGUCGCGCUCGUGCACCGCAUCCGCAACGCCAUUGCGGAGCAAAAGGCCGCCUCGGCGCGCGAGUCGGGCCAACGCGAGGCGGCAGCCUCGUCGCGCCGCGCCACCGUCGCCGGUGACGGCGCCGGUGGACCGGACGCGCCGCGGAAAAAGGUGGCGCUCGACCGGGCCUUCUUCCGCUCGCUGAUGCGGCUGAUCCGCAUCGUGGUGCCGGGUUGGCGCAGCAAGGAGGCGCGCCUGCUCAUCAGCCACAGCCUCUUCCUGGUGCUGCGCACGCUGAUCAGCUUGAAGGUGGCGGAGAUGGACGGCGCGAUCGUCAAGGCGCUGGUGCGCGGGAAUGGUCGUGAGUUUCUGUCGCGGAUCGUGUGGUGGAUGAUUAUCGCGGUCCCCGCGACGUUUACGAAUUCCAUGCUUUCAUAUCAUCAAGCGGAGCUGUCGCUCAACUAUAGAACACGACUCACGCAGCACAUUCAUGACAAGUACCUGUCCAACCUCACCUUUUACGGCAUCUCGGCGCUCGACGACCGUAUAAAGAACCCCGACCAGCUCAUCGCCGUGGACGUGUCCAAGUUCUCCAACAGCUUGGCCGAGCUCUACAGUAACUUGGCCAAGCCGCUUCUUGACAUGACCAUCUACACCUACUCCCUCUCCAAGAGCGUCGGUGGCGAGGGCGUCGUCUUCAUGUCGCUCCUCGUGCAGCUGUCAGCCAACGUGAUGCGGGUGCUGACGCCGCCGUUUGGCAAGUACGUGGCCGACGAGGCGCGUCUCGAGGGCGAGUUCCGCUUCCAGCACUCGCGGCUCAUCGACUACGCCGAGGAGGUGGCGCUGUACAACGGGCACGCGGCCGAGAAGGACACGCUGGACAAGGGCUACUUCACGCUCAUCAAGCACGUCAACUACAUCCUGCGGCGGCGCUUCUACCACGGCUUCAUGGAGGACUUUGUCAUCAAGUACUUUUGGGGCGCGCUCGGGCUCGUCCUGUGCUCCGUGCCCGUCUUCGUCCGGCUGCCCGGUGGCGUCGGCGGCGCCGGGGGCAUGAGCAUGGGCGACCGCACCGAGUCGUUCGUGACCAACCGCCGGAUGCUGCUCUCGGCGUCGGACGCGUUCGGCCGCAUCAUGUUCUCGUACCGCGAGAUCAUGGAGCUCGCGGGGUACACGUCGCGGGUGGACUCGCUGCUCAGCGUCAUGGACGACAUCCAGUCGGGCCACUUUGAGAAGAACCUGGUGUCGUCGUCGGGGACGGAGAACAACGAGGCCGUGCUGCAGGGCCGGGGCACCGUCCACGAGAGCAAGGACAUAACCUUUAUCGACGUACCCAUCGUCUCGCCCAACGGCGACGUGCUCGUCAAGGCGCUGUCCUUCUCCAUCAAGCACGGCGACCACCUGCUGGUGGUCGGCCCCAACGGCUGCGGCAAGUCGUCGCUGUUCCGGAUCCUCGGCGGUCUGUGGCCCGUGUACGGCGGCACGGUGCACAAGCCGCCCUUCAGCUCCAUCUUCUACCUCCCUCAGCGGCCGUACCUGUCGCGGGGCUCGCUCCGGCAGCAAAUCAUCUACCCGGACUCGCUGCGGCAGAUGCGCGCCCGCGGCGCCACCGACGCGGACCUGCUGUCCAUCCUGCGCAGACUGGACCUGGCGCACCUCGCGGAGCUCUACCCGGAGGGCUGGGACGCCGAGGCGGAGUGGCGCGACGUGCUCUCGGGCGGCUUGCAGCAGCGCGUGGCGAUGGCGCGGCUCUUCUACCACCGGCCGCGGUACGCGAUCCUGGACGAGUGCACGAGCAGCGUGACGCUGGAGACGGAGAAGGUCAUGUACGACCACGCCAAGGCGCUGGGCAUCACGCUGAUGACGGUGAGCCAUAGGAGGAGCCUGUGGAAGUACCACACGCACAUCUUGCAGUUUGACGGCCAGGGGAACUACGUCUUCACGAGGCUCGACGCGGAUAGGCGCCUGCGGCUGGAGGACGAGAAGGAGGACCUGGAUAUUAAGCUGAGGCAGGUGCCGGAGCUGGAGAGGCGCAUGGCGGAGCUGACGUCGUAG